CUAUUCCACUUCGAGCUAUUACACCAUCAUGUCAGUCGAGACUAUUACGACAAUCUCACCCGUCACCAACCAGCCAAUCCUGAAGCGCAAUGGCCUCUCAGACGCCGAUCUCAUUUCAAUUCCAGAGACGGCACAACGUGCCUUCGAGGAGUUCCGCAAAAUUUCUCUUUCGGAAAGACAGCAAAUUGUCAAGAAAGCCCUGAAACUUCUCAACGAGCGUCAAGAUGCAUUGGGCAAAGAACUCACUGAGCAGAUGGGUAGGCCCAUCGCAUAUACCCCCAAAGAGGUGACCACUGCGGUCAUGCGGGGCGAAUAUAUGCUCAAGAUCAGCGACGAAACCUUGAAGGAUACGGAAGGCGAAGCGGAGAAAGGCUUCAAGCGCUAUAUUAGAAAGGUGCCCAUUGGGCCCAUUCUGAUUCUAUUUCCUUGGAAUUACCCAUAUUUGACCCUCGUGAACUCUCUUAUCCCAGCAUUGCUCGCUGGGAAUUCGGUGAUCAUCAAGCCUUCCCCACAAACACCAACGAGUGCCGAGCAGAUCCAGCAGAUCUUCAACGAUGCUGGACUGCCCAAGGGGGUCCUCCAGGUCUUCCACAGCGGAUCAAUUACCCAAAUAGAGACCAUAGCACGAUCGCCACAGGUUCAGCUGGUCUGUUUCACAGGCUCUGUGGCCAACGGUCUCGCUGUACAAGGUGCCGCAAGCGAUCGUGUGCCCAUUCGUGUUGGACUUGAGCUCGGCGGCAAAGACCCUGCUUACAUUAGAUCUGAUGUCGAUGUCAAAUGGGCCGCAGAAGAGAUCGUGGAUGGUUCGAUAUUCAACUCGGGCCAAAGCUGCUGCAGUGUUGAACGCGUCUAUGUCGAUGAAAAGAUACACGAUGAGUUCAUCUCUGCCGUACAGGACGUUUUGAAAGGCUAUAAGCUUGGAGACCCAAUGGAAAAAGACACUCAAAUCGGACCCGUGGUUUCUAAGCGCUCUGCUGAAACCAUUCAAUCCCACAUCAAAGAUGCACUUGAGAAGGGUGCAACCAAUGCAACCCCCGACAACGAAUCUUUCAAAUCACCUCCCUCUGAUGGAAACUUCGUCGCGCCUACUCUGUUGAUAAAUGUUAAUCAUGACAUGGCUGUCAUGACGGAAGAGACUUUCGGUCCAAUAAUUCCCGUGAUGAAAGUCAAGGAUGACGCAGAAGCGAUUCGACUCAUGAAUGAUAGCCAGUUUGGACUGACUGCCAGUGUCUGGACCAAGGAUACCGACAAGGGUCAUAACCUCAUCGAUGAUAUCGAAGCUGGAACCGUGUUUGUGAAUCGCUGCGAUUAUCCUGCUCCUGACCUUGCUUGGGUUGGCUGGAAGGACUCUGGGAAGGGACAGACGCUUUCUAAGUUCGGGUUCGAUCAAUUUGUCAAGCUCAAGAGUUACCAUGUCAAAGAUUAUCCGAAAUAG